AAAGCCUCCAAUCGAGAGCUAUAUGUCUACACGUGUACAACACCACGCUAGAGAAAACGACUGGGCCUUAAACUGGGAUAGGCUUUAUUUUAACUGUAGAUAUACUGCAUAUACUUCCACUCUGACAUUUAUGUAAUGAAUAUUCGGUUCGCUCGGCCCGCCCACCACACGACGUCAGCACAUAAACAAACCCGUCACGUUCCAGAGGAAACCGGAAGUGUCGGAGUGUGUCUGCAGAUGAAAACAAAAACAGUUGCUGUAGAGCUCGUAAGAGUUUGAUAAUACCUGUGUCAGGUAAAUGACGGACUGUUUAAUAUCCAGAGGAUCAUCAUGGAGCACACACAGCGCGCUGAGUGACGUCACCCAUCACCUGAAGACAGCCUGAACGUUGGAUUAGCCUGUUAGCUCUGUUAGCUUAGCCCACCUCCCCAUGGCGUCCUCCGCGGGACUCCCCCCUAUCGGUCCCGACCGUGCGGCUUCAUCCCCCGGGCCUCACUCCGCCGGGAGGCCGCCUCUCCGCCCUCAUCUCUCCGCUCCGGCCCACUCCUCCCCGGGCUGCGUCUUGCUGGUGGAGUCGGUGGAUGACGCGGAGGGUCUGUCGGUGGCGGUGGAGCGGUGCCCCCUGUGCAGUUCGUCCCGCCGCAGGCUCACUUGUGCCCGCUGCGUGCAGGCCGGAGACUUUGUGUACUUCGACGGCAGGAACACGGAGAGAUACACAGAGAAGCUGCAGCGUCUAAAGGAGCUGCAGGUGGAGAAGGAGCAGCUGCAGCACAGAGUGAUUCACCACAUGGACAGGAAGCUGCAGGCCGACCACAUGAAAUGGAAGAUCAUGUCUUGUAAGAUGAAGAUUGAGCAGCUGAAGGAGGCGGUCGCCAUGGGCAACGAGGAGGAAAAGAGCGAUAAGGAGCUGCUCCUGCGCUCCCAGGAGGAGUGUCAGCGGCUGCAGCGGCGUGCAGGCCGUCACCAGGAGAAACGGGAUAAAAUCGAGCGUCACAACCGUCGUCUUGGAGACCUGCUGGAACGACGCAGCCGGGAGCUGCAGAGCCGCCUGACUCAGCUCGCUGCUCUGAGACGAGAACACAUCCAGGAGCUCAGCACACACAUGUUCCCCCUGCAGGAGGAGAAGCAGGAGCGCAGAGACCCCGCAGAUGUGGUUGCAGAGUGUGACCCCGCACUGACCUCCAGCACGGUAAGCGAGCUGGCCGAGGCUCGUAGGACCACCUACCUUUCAGGACGCUGGAUCUGGGAUGACCAGAAUGGAGAAACCAGCAUCAGCAUCACCGGACCCCCUGUCAGCCUGCCCAGCAACGGAGACUGCUCUGCCUACUACACCUGGGUGGAGGAGAAAAGCACCAAUCAGGGUCCAGAGUUGGACCACAUUAACCCAGCUCACACCAUCAGCGCCGCUCUCUGCUACGCCACGCAGCUUGUCACCAUCUUGUCUCAUAUCCUGGACAUCAACCUGCCCAAGAAGCUCUGUAACAGUGAGUUCUGUGGAGAGAACCUGAGCAGGUACCGCUUCACCCGAGCUCUGAGCAAGCUCAACACCAACAUCCUGCACUUGUGCUUCUCUCAGCAUGUCGACAGUGAGAAGCUCCAUCCACAUCACACUCUAAGGAACAUCAUGUUCCUGGUUGCCCCCGACAACGACAACCUGGGCAGGACGGGACCAUUCGAGGUGAGUGCUGACCUGGAGGAGUCGAUGGAGUUUGUGGAGCCAGAGGCGGCAGGGCCAGCCGAGGAGAGCGGGGAUGAGGUUGUGACGGACGAGGAGACGGACCUGGGGACGGACUGGGAGACCGUGCCAAGUCCACGAUUCUGUGACAUCCCUUCACAGGUAAAUCUUGCGCUGUGUGUGAGCAGCUCUCCACGGUGUGAUAAGUUUGAGGAUUAGUUGAGGGUUGACCGGUUG